AUGCCUCGCGGGAUACCAAACGCAAAGAAGGAUGAAUCUGCUAUGCGAUUCACUUCAUUUCAUGUGCCCUUGGGCCUAGCGGCGUCAAAUGCAAAGCACCCUAACUCCGGCUAUCUAAAGACCGAGUCCCAGGCGCUUUGGUACAGAAAUUCUAAGAAAAGAGCAGAUGAUACGGGCUCUGCGACUCCAACCGAGGUCAGGCGUGGUUCCAGAGUACUGGUCAUUCACCUGGGAUCGCGCUAUGUUCGCGUUGGGCGUGCAUCCGACGUGAAUCCGGUCACAAUUCCGAACGUUAUUGCGCGCAAGCACACACGGCCCGUCCUUGCACCAAAGUACGUUGAAGGUAUAUCGCGACCUCGAGCUGCUGCACGUGCGCACGCAGCAGCAACCCCGCCCAAUGGCGAUGAAUACUCCGUGUCGUUGACAUCAGAUGAUCCUUUCGAUCUGAAAGUCGCAGCAAUCACUGUCUCUCUUCGCGACCGAAUGCGCUUUUAUAAGCUGCGCGUGACGCCAAAUGCCGCAGGCAUUGCCUCUACUUUCAACGAACAAUUCGUUCCGGAGAUUAUACCGGAAUCAAAUGAUCCUUUUCUCAUCGAUUGGAUCAAAGAGCCUAUCGAAGAUGUUUUGGUCGGCGACAAGGCUCUUCAACUUGCAGAUCCAGCAUCCGCAGGUUAUGUGAUAAAAUGGCCGAUCUAUGGCGGCAAUUUCAAUACUAGAGACUACCCAUCUAUUGAAGGCGCCCUCGACGACAUUGAGACGAUUCUGCGCGCUGCGUUCAAAAGAUUGAACAUUGAACCGCAUGCAUACCACGAUUACUCUGUCGUACUUGUGAUCCCAGAUUAUUACGACCGGUUCUACGUGCAGGCACUCGUUAGGAUGUUACUCGUCUCCAUGGGCUUCAAGCAGCUAUGUGCACAGCAAGAAUCGCUGGCGGCCACAUACGGCGCUGGCAUUUCUAAUGCCUGCGUCGUGGAUAUGGGCGCCGUUACAACAAGCAUAGCAUGCGUCGACGAUGGUCUUGUCUUAGCUGGUACAAGGAUGUCUCUCAAUAUGGGCGGAGAUGAUAUCUCCGAGUUCUUGUAUGUGCUGCUGGAGAGGAUCAGCUUCCCGUACAGAGAGAUAGAUCUUGCUCGUUGGUAUGACUGGAGUGUUAUCGAGGAUCUGAAGGCUCGGUUAUGCACCUUAGCGGAGGGUGACGUAGCUCUGAAUCUGUAUGACUUUGUGGUGCGUCGGCCUGGCAAGCCGACUGAAAAGUAUGGACUUCGUGCUUACGACGAGAUAAUACUUGCACCGAUGUGUCUCUUCGAACCGCGUGUCAUCGAAUUUGAACAGAAACGCACUGGAAUGAGGCCGACAUCACACAAAGACAUCACAGACAACCUCUCAGAGCAAGUUAACGACCAUGUUGCACACCACCAUGUUGCGCCCCACCAUGUUGCACACCGCUAUCCCUACGCGAUGGUCAUCUCAACGCAGCACCUCACUCUACAGACACCCUACCUGCCGCCUCCUGAGAUACCGUCUAUGCCACAUUCUGGCCCUCAGACUCCCGCCCCCGGGGAACUGCCGUCCGCAGUGAUGUCACCACAUCCAGUCCAGGGAGAUGCGGCCGCCGCAGUCGAGAAUUCCUCUCCUCCUAGAGAAGUGAAAGAAGAAGUGCAACAGCCGACAAUAACAACAACCGCGACGAUCGGAGAAGGCACAGCGGAUGUUCCGAUGGAAAUCCUCGACGACGAAAUCGACAGUAAAGCCUCCGUUCCCUCGCCGGCUCCUACCCCCGUUGAACCACCCCAACCCGUGCGCCCGCCGCAGACGUUACCGGGAGAAAGCUCGAUUGACGUAUGCUUUGAGGCAAGCAAGCUGCCGCUGGACGUUGCAAUCUUCAACAGCGCUCGCGCCGCCGGAGGAGACGAGAAGAUACGCAGGUACCUUCAGGCUGUCCUGGUGAUUGGGGGCACCGCCCUCGUCCCUGGCAUGGCUCAUGCCCUUGAAAGCAGAUUGCAGGCAAUUGCGACACCCCUGGUGCCUAACAUGGAGAAGGUGCAGAUCAUUCCUCCACCGAAGGACGUCGACCCUCGUGUUCUGGCGUGGAAGGGCGCGGCAGUAUUAGGGAAGAUGGAUGGAGUAGCGGACCUGUGGAUCACGGGUGCGGAUUGGGAUAUCCUCGGGAUGCGCGGUCUCAAGGAACGGUGCUUUUACCUUUGA